AUGUUCUCCUGGAAAGCUGCAAAAACAGGUCUUUAUUAAAUCCAAGCUAUUCUCUACCUGGUAGUACAGUGGAACUUACAGGUUUUCAUUUUAUCCUUCCAGAUUCCUGCCUGUCAGCGCUUCUACUCAGCCCUGAGCCCAGCCAUCAUGCCUAGGGGUCAAAAGAGUAAGAGCCGCUCCCGUGCAAAACGACAGCAGGCACGCAGGGAUGUCCCAGCGAUUCAGCCCACUGCAGAGGAAGCAGGGUCUUCUCCUGUUGACCAAAGUGUUGACUCCAGCUUCCUUGGUGGUUCUGCUCCUCAGGGUGUGAAAAACCCUGGAUCUUUUGGUGCAGGUGUGUCCUGCAUAGGCUCUGGUAUAGGUGUUAGAAAUGUUGCUGUUCUUGCUGAUAAGAAAAGUUCAGAUGGCACCCAGGCAGUGACUUCCAUUCAGCACACACUUAAAGAUCCUAUCAUGCGGAAGGCUAGUGUGCUGAUAGAAUUCCUGCUAGAUAAGUUUAAGAUGAAAGAGGCAGUUACGAGGAGUGAAAUGCUGGCAAUAGUCAACAAGAAGUAUAAGGAACAGUUCCCUGAGAUCCUCCGGAGAACUUCUGCACGCUUAGAAUUAGUCUUUGGCCUUGAGUUAAAGGAAAUAGAUCCCAGCACUCAUUCCUAUUUGCUGGUGGGCAAACUGGGUCUUUCCACUGAGGGAAGUUUGAGUAGUAAUUGGGGGUUGCCCAGGACUGGUCUCCUGAUGUCCAUCCUAGGUGUGAUCUUCAUGAAGGGUAACCGUGCCACUGAGCAAGAGGUAUGGCAAUUUCUGAAUGGAGUGGGUGUAUAUGCUGGGAAGAGGCACUUGAUCUUUGGUGAGCCCGAGGAGUUUAUAAGAGAUCUAGUGCAGGAAAAUUACCUGGAGUACCGCCAGGUACCUGGCAGUGAUCCCCCAAUCUAUGAGUUCCUGUGGGGACCUAGAGCUCAUGCUGAAACCACCAAGAUGAAAGUCUUGGAAGUUUUAGCUAAAGUCAAUGGCACGGUACCCAGUGCCUUCCCUAAUCUCUAUCAGUUGGCUCUUAGAGAUCAGGCAGCAGUACCAAGAAGAAGAGUUCAAGGCAAGGCUGUUCAUUCCAAGACCCUAUCCCAAAAGUCCUCUAAUAUGUAG